AUGGCUGCAAUUCCUCCUCGACCUGAUUCCUCACAUUUAGCGCCCGAGAGCGCGACCAUGGCGUCACCGAAAGCCCUGUAUUCCUCAUCAUCCUCGAACCUCGCCGUGUCCGACUCCCCAUCCCACUACUCGUCGUUCUCCAGCUCCGACAGCGAUGAUCCCCUCCCGCACGCAACAGAGCUCACGGACGAAGAUGCCGCGGGAGAUGUGGUGGGGGUCAGCAUUGGGCGCCAACAGAGUCGCAUGAAGGCCCGCGCAACGCCCCUGGAAGAGAAGAAUCGGGUUCUGGAAAACAAUGGCGGAUACUUUGGAACAAUCCCAGACACCGUCGGCGAAGACGGUCUGUUCACAUCGGAGUUGACGGCGGAGCCAGAAUCGGAUGAAUCGAUCCCGCCACGGGAGGGAACGUACGGCGAAAAGGAGCAGGCGACCUAUCCUGCGGUGCGGCACAAGCAGCCCGAACAGCAUCUAGCGCAUGGCCCACGAAGCGAUCUCUUCACCUCGGCAGAUAAGCCCCCAUCCAAAGAUACAGCACUCAGUCAACGGUCGGGAUUCGUCGGAUCUCUGUUGAAAAAUACCUUGCCCCGGCGACCGCGCGCCUGGUCCGGCGAGCUCAAGCGAUUCCUGCCCGACCUCACAUCCCUGCGGAAGCGGCCCUCGCUCUCCUUCCGGGUCCCCAAUGGCCAAAACCGAACCCGCAGCCAGACCGUGGCGCCCGCCGCGAAGGAAAAGACGGGAUUGCCGAAGCGGACAUCAUCCUUAGUCGAUCGGCGUCCCCCGCGGUCGCCCCUUGCGCCGGAUAGCUUCAGCAAUGACGAUGAUGAGUCCGCUCAGCCAAUCCCUGAACUACGGGCGCCGGACGGGACCUCGGCUGCAAAGCAUUCUUUCGCGAGACGCCCGAGCUCGGCGAUGCCUGGUCGGCCGCCUAGCUUGCGACGAUCGUCGUCUGAUCAAUCGUUGUAUUUGCGGGCGUCGUCGACGGCUUCGUCUCUGGAGCAGCGUCCGUUGUAUGAGAAUGUGCAUGCUCAGGUCAAUAGCCGCUUUAAGGCUAUUAAGGACAGUCUGCAGGACUCUAGUAGUAGGCUUUUGAGCAUGCCAGCCCUGCAUUUGCAGGACAUGCGCCCGGAUUGGGGCUCGAGACAGACCUUGCCAGAUAUGGGGAGUACCUCGAGUAAUGGCAACAAUGGGACCGAAAGGAGCUUGCCUUCGCGACGGUCCACCAGCCCUCCCCCUCCGCGGAAUCCUGACCCAACGCAUCCAAUUCUGGAAGAAGCCAUGGCAGAACUCACUGGAGAUGUCGUUAUUUUGGGAGGAUACCGAGGUUCCAUCCUGCGGUCCGCAAAACCACCCCAGAGACAGCUUUGGGUGCCCAUGAAGGUUGGCCUGAACCUUCGCAAGGUGGACCUGGAAGUAGGUCUGAAACCGGAAGACGAGGAGCGAAUGGAAGAGACGAUCAUCCCAUCGGGUGUUCUGUCCCACGUCGGCCCUGUCGACGUCUGCCGCCGCUUGAUGAAGCGGCUCCGCAAGAGCGACAACGCCAUGCGGGGCGACAUGCGAGUUCACGACUACGGUUAUGACUGGCGCCUAAGCCCCGAGCUCCUUUCGCGUAGGCUAAUUGCCUUCCUCGAGAGCCUCCCGUGCAACCAGCGAUCCGCAACGGGAGAGCCCGGCCGCGGCGCAACCGUCAUCGCCCACAGUCUGGGCGGUCUUAUAACACGACACGCCGUGAACGAGCGUCCCGACCUCUUCGCCGGAGUAGUCUACGCAGGCGUACCACAGCACUGCGUUAACAUCCUCGGACCACUCCGCAACGGCGACGACGUCCUCCUCAGCUCGCGUGUCCUAACAGCCCAAGUCAACUUCACAUUUCGAACCAGCUUCGCCCUCCUCCCAGAAGACGGGCACUGCUUCAUAGACAAGCAAAGCAAAAAGGAAUUCCGCAUCGACUUCUUCAACGCCCAAACCUGGGACGACCACCACCUCUCCCCAUGCAUCAAACCCGCCCUCCCAGUCCCACCAACCCCAACAAACGGCCUCGGCCUAAAAGACAUCCCCAUAAUCGGCAAACGCUUCUCCAUGCCCCCACCCUCAGACUCAAAUGACUCCCUCGACCACUUUGACCCCCCACACCCAACCAUCGAAACAGACAAAGACAUCACAUCCCGCAACCCACACCACAGCCCCCACAACCCAGCCGCCUACGCAGCCCAAGCAGCCGAAAAAGCCCAAAACCCAGCAGACGGCAUAGUCGGCCCCCAAUCACACCCCCGCGGCAGCGCAGGAACCACCAAAGCCGCAACAACAUGCACAAUCCCCCGCGGCGCAGCAAUGGAAUAUCUCCAGCGCACACUCGCAGACACGAAGCGCUUCAAGUCGAAUCUCGCUUUCCGUCCGACGCACCAUUCCGAGAAUAGGUAUCCGCCUGCGGCGGUCUUGUACGGCAAGUCUGUGCCGACGGUGUAUGGGGCGCGGAUUGUUUCGGCCGAGGCAAUUAAGCAGGUUGAUGCUUAUGAUGAUUUGGCGUUCGCGGCUGGUGAUGGUGUUUGUCUUGCUAGUGCGGCUAUGUUGCCGCCUGGGUAUCGGAUUAUCAAGGAUGGGUUGGUGAAGAGUGAUCGGGGACAUGUUGGGUUGCUUGGUGAUCUUGAGGGAGUUGGGCAGUGUUUGAAGGCUGUUCAUCGGGGGAGGAAGGAGGGUGUUGGUCUUGGUGAGAAGGAGUUGUGA